AUGAAGGUUUUUGUCAAAACGUUGAAGGGGACUCACUUCGAAAUCCAAGUGAAACCCGAAGACACGGUUGCUGAUGUGAAGAAAAACAUUGAAACUGUUCAAGGAGCAGAUGUUUAUCCAGCUGGACAACAAAUGCUUAUUCAUCAGGGGAAAGUUCUUAAAGAUGGAACCACUUUGGAUGAAAACAAAGUUGCUGAAAAUAGUUUUAUUGUCAUUAUGUUAUCCAAGAACAAAACCACCUCCGGUGAAGCUUCAAGAUCAGCACCCGCCCCGAAGGCGGCUCAGCCAAGUGCUGCCCCCCCCGCUGCCGCCCCGGUGGCUGCAGCCCCUCAGCCUCAGGCGGCUCCUGUUACCGUGACACCACCUGCCACCGCGCCUCCACCAUCAGACACCGCGAUAGCUCCGCCGGAAAAUGUGUAUGGGCAGGCGGCAUCACAUCUGGUUGCAGGAACCAAUUUGGAAGGUGCAAUCCAACAGAUUCUUGAUAUGGGUGGCGGGACAUGGGACAGGGACACUGUCAUCCGUGCCCUUCGUGCCGCCUUCAACAACCCUGAAAGAGCUGUUGAAUAUUUAUAUUCCGGUAUCCCUGAGCAAGCUGAAGCUCCACCAGCAACCGCUGCCCCACCAGUGCAAGGACCGCCAGCUGUCAUCCCCCAAACCACACAACCGCCAGCUGUCCUUCCAAGUGGCCCAAAUGCAAAUCCUUUGGACCUCUUUCCUCAGGGUCUUCCUGAUAUGGCCGCCAAUGCUGCGGCAGGUGGUGGUGGUGGAGGCAACUUGGAUUUCCUGAGGAACAGCCCUCAGUUUCAGGCUUUCCGGGCAAUGGUUCAGGCGAAUCCUCAAAUCUUGCAGCCGAUGCUUCAAGAAUUGGGGAAGCAAAAUCCGCAUCUUGUUAGACUGAUUCAAGAGCACCAAGCUGAUUUCCUCCGUUUGAUCAAUGAACCCGUUGAAGCUGGAGAGAACCCACUCGGGCAGCUUGGGGCAGCCGUGCCACAGUCGGUGACCGUGACACCUGAGGAGCGGGAAUCUAUUGAGCGUCUUGAAGCGAUGGGAUUUGAUAGGGCGUUGGUGUUGGAGGUGUUUUUUGCAUGCAACAAGAAUGAAGAGCUGGCUGCUAAUUACCUGUUAGAUCAUAUGCAUGAGUUUGAAGAGUAGUAGUGAGAGAUCGUCUUUUCUUAUAUUUCUAUUCAAAUUUCAUGUCAUCUGUUUUAAUUUGGUGAGAGUGAAUAUACUUGUUAAUGGGGAUGAAUGGAUAUGGAGUGAUGCAAAACAAGGAAAAAAAAUUCAAAUGCAACUCAAGUCUUUGGUCUUUUUCUUAGCAUUGGUUUCUUUUCACCUUGUGGUCUUUAUCCA